AUGGACACCAGCGACGACGCUGUCUCCGUCGACGCGUCAACCACAGCCCCCACCACCACCACAAAGAACGGCGCGUCUGCAGCAGCAGCAGCAGCAGCAGCGCCAGACACAGGCAACCGUAGGCGCUCCACAAGAGUGGUCAAGAAGCCCACGCUGCUGGCCACGCAGCAGGCUGCGGAGCGACCGAAGCGAAAGCGGCCCGUCAGGGAGGAGUCCUCGUCGGAAGAUGAGGGCGACAGUGAGGAUGGGGGCAAGGACGACGAGGAAGAGGCGGUAGAGGAGGGGGCAGAAGAAGAAGCAGUGGCGGAGAAGGAGAAGCCGAAGCCGAGGUCGAAGGCUAAAGCAAAGCCGAAAGCUAAGCCGAAAGCGAAGCCGAAAGCGAAGGACCCAGAACCUGAGAAGGAAAAGGAAGCUAGUGGGGCUGAAGAAGACAAUGAGGAGGCUGAAGAUGAGGCUGAAGAAGAAGAUGAAGAAGAGGAGGAGGAUGACGAUGACGAGGAGGAGAGCAGUGAGGAGGAGUCCUCGGAGGGCGAGCCGGACGAGGAGGAGAUCAAGGAGCGGCGGAAAAGGAAUGCUGCUGCGCGCGCACGGAAGCAGACACGGGCUGCGGAUGAUGGCAGCGCGAAGAAGCCGCCCGCGAAGAAGACGAGAACUGCGACGGGCGCGGUGGCGGCGACGCCUGUGAAGCGGAAGAGGAGCGGGGGGAGGGCGAAAGGGAAGGGGAAGGGGAAAGCGAGGACUACGAAUGGAGAGGGUGGUGAGGGUGAGGAGGGUGAGGCGGGGGAGAUCGAGCAGAAUGCUCUGUUUGACUCUGUAUUUAAUGGCGACGAAGAUCACGAUGAUGUCGCGCAGUCAUGGACCGUGAAAUACGAGGGCGACAACACAGAGGCAAUGAAAGACAUGGUCAAUUUGAUCCUCAAGUGCUGCGGUUGCGAGAAAACCGUCACAAACUACGACAUUGAAGACCAAGACUCCGCCGCCGAGACCCUCUCCCAGAUCCAAGAAGCCUUCCAGCGGCAGCGACACGCCGACUACCCGCUGACCUCCAAGAAGCCCGAGUUCCGCCGGUUCCGCCAGAAUCUCUCGUCCUUCCUGCACUCGCUCAUGUCCACCUUUGCUGCGCGCGACAUCCUGUACACCGACCCGGCGCUCAUCGAGAACUUCCAGGUCUGGAUCGCGGCCAUGUCCUCCUCCACGCUGCGGCAGUUCCGCCAUACCAGCACCGUGUUCGCGCUCGACAUUGUGUCCAGCCUUGCCACGAUCGCCGCAGAGGCUAGAAAAGCGAAUAGCACAACAAACCGCCAGUUCGAGGCCGAGGGAAAGAAGGGGAAGCGCAACGAGGGUAGAAUCACGGCGCUGGAAACUAAGCUGAAGGAAGGCGAAGAGCGCAGAGAAGUCACAGAAAACAUAAUCAAGGACAUCUUCGACACUGUGUUCGUCCACCGAUACCGCGAUAUCGACCCAAAGAUCCGCUCCGACUGUGUCCGCGAGCUCGGCUCGUGGAUUCUCACCCUGCCAGACGUCUUCUUCGACGGGUCCUAUCUCCGCUACCUGGGCUGGGUGCUCUCAGACACGGUCCCAGGAACCCGUCUCGAGGUCGUCAAAGCGCUCACCAAGCUCUUCAAGAAAAAAGACUCCGUAUCGGGCCUCCGCCACUUCACGGAGCGCUUCCGGCCGCGUCUCGUCGAGAUGGCCACCCGCGACGCCGACGCCAGCGUCCGCGCCGCCACCGUCGAGCUCCUCGACGUCGUCCGCGAAGUCGGCUACCUCGAACCCGCCGACAUCGACACCGUCGGCCGCCUCCUCUUCGACUCGGAGCCCAAGGUGCGCCGCGCAGUCGUCGGCUUCUUCGUCGAGAACAUCGGCGACCUGUAUGAAGAGAAGCUGGAAGAGCUCGGCGGCGAAGACGCGGUCCUGGAGGCGCUCGGCGACGACUCGGACGAGAACUUUGAGGGCCCGACGCUGUCGUGGAUCAAGCUGAAGUGUCUUGUUGAGGUGCUUGCGAACUAUGAUCUUGAGGACGGGGCGGCGGACGAAGACGCGGACGCGGCGGCGCAGGGGAUUGAGAAGAGUGCGCUCAAGAUUGGCGAUGCGGAGAGUAGGUUUUCGCUGGCGGGGAGUGUGCUCUGGGAGGCGUUUGAUGAGGUGGGUGAUUGGGAGGGCGUGGCGAAGUAUCUGCUCUAUGACCACAGCGAGGGCGCGCGGGUCGAGGAGGGGAGCGAGGAGGAGGAUCUCGAGAAGAAGAUUAAGGCGAUGGUCGCGCUCGAGGCAAGGGAAGAGGCGAUAUUGCUGCAGCUUCUCAAUGCGAGUGUCGCUGCUAACAUCGCCGAGGGAGGCGAGGGCGGAAAGAAGAGAGGCGCUGCAAAACGCACUGCAAAAGAAAUCGAGAAGCACACCGAGACAGUGUCCCGUAACCUCAUGAUGCUCAUCCCCCCGCUCCUCAAGAAGUUCGGGCCAGUCCCCGACGCGGCGUCCUCAGUCCUGCGUCUCGAGCAGCUCAUGAAGCUCGACGUCUUCCAGGAGCUGCGCCAGUCAACCGCCUACGCAUCACUGCUCGACGACAUCAACCGCCAGUUCCUGACACACGCGGACGAGUCCGUGCUCAAAGAGGCCUCCGCAGCCCUCCUGCACGCAAAGACAUUCGAGGAGCUCGACGAGGUCACCGACCAGAAAGUCGGGCAGCUGAAAGACGAGACCGUGACCGCGCUGGUCAACGCCGUCCGCGGCAAGGACCUCGGAAAGGGCAAGUUUAGCGACGCUAGCCUGACAGAGCUGAUCAACACCGUGCGCAGACUCGAGUACAUCGCGUCCAUCACAAACUGCGUGGAGAUCAUGGAGACGCCGCCGGCGACGUCCGCAAAGGGCAAGUCCAAGACCGCGGACCUCAAGCCGAUCGAGGUGCUGAUGGCGCUGCUGCAGCGCGGCGGCAGCGUCGACGAGCUUGAGGAGGAGCUCAUCAUCCGCACGAUGAAGACGCUCGAGUACUACUUCAUGUGGAAGGUCAGCUCCAUCAGCGAGACCGAGGACCUCGCAGACCUGGACAUUGACGACCUCACGCUCCGCCGUAACGCAAUCAUGGAGCGUGUCGGCGGCAUCAUCAAAAACCGCGGCAAGGUCGACCCCGUCAAGAUCACGGCCGCAACAACAAUAAUGGGCCUCGCAACACUCUUCAUCGCCGCGGCCGCAAGGAACGAGAAGAAGAAGCCCGCCGCAGAGGGCGAAGACGGCGUCGUUGGCGACGCCGCUGAAGAGAUUGCCGUGAAGCUCUCAGCGCUGGGAAGGAAGCUCGACGCCUCGCUGGAAGAGGAGAUGCUGAAAGUGUUUGACGCGCUCGAAAAGACGUUUGCCAAGUCGUCCAGCCGGGCGCUCGAGCCCGACGAGCACGCCGCGCCUGAGGGCGUGGACGACGCGGACACGGAGGCCGACGAUGCAGAGAAGACCGAGGCCGACGAGAGCGCCGUGCUGUUGCAUGAGCAGCGGCUCUGCGAGUUUACGGGGAAGCUUGUUCUCGCCGUGCUUGCGGGGGCCGUCGACGAGGCGGUGUUCAAGAAGCGGCUCGACAGGAACGAGGAGGUGAAGAAGGUGCCGGGCAAGCGGGGGAGGAAGCCGAGGCCGUAUCCGGGGGAGAUUAUUAACUAUAGUGAUGAUGAGGAGGAGGGUGGGGAGGAGCAGGAGGAGCAUGCGGAGGCUGAGGUUGAGGCAGAGGCGGGGGCGAAGGAUUCGGGCGAGAAGAAGAAGAAGGGGCAGAAUGUAGAGGAGGAUGAGGAGGACGAUGAGGAGGAGGAAGGUGAAGAGGAGGAGGAGGAGGAGCAUCAUGAUGAGAAUGCGGACCCCGAGGAGGAGGAGAAGGAGGCUGAGGUGGAGAGCGAUAAUGAGUCGGAGCCGGAUCCAGAGGUUGGGGUGCCACCGGAUGAGGACGAGGAAAUGGCAGAUGUGUAA